AAGACAUGCCAGCUAUAUUCAUCAUGCACCUCAAACUCAUUUCAAUAUCAUAAGCAUCUUGCAGAAUAUCACAUGCAAUAUCAUUCACAUAUUCACAAUGUUGACAUCAAACAAGCUUACCAUAUUUAAAGGGAAAUCCUGCAGGCACCACAUGCUCUACACCAUCACUAACAAGUGCUGCAUAUUUUAUUAAUUUCAUUAUUAUAUCAAUUUAACAAUUAUCAACCAAUCAAUAUGAUGAAUACCUCUUAUAUAAAUAGGGAGUCAAGAACUUGGUAACAUCACACAAACUUCUAGCUUUUCAACUAUCUUAGAAGAAAAAAAAGAACAAAUUAAAAGAGCAGUUAAGAUGGCAAGCAACAAUUACCAUGUUCGCUCAAACAGUUUUCCUUCUCAAUCUCAUCCAAACUCCACUAGAAUUGAAAAAGAGCUAACCAAAAUGAAGACAUGGGAAGCCACAUCAACAUCCACAUCUGAUUCAAUUACAAAUGGCCUCUUCUUGCUUGAAGAUUUGUAUAUAUCUUUGGAAGAUCUUCUAAAUUUGACAUCAACACAGAAGCUUGUUUCUCACCAUCAUGGUGAGAAAUUUGUGGAAGAGUUGUUGGAUGGUUCAAUGAAAAUGUUGGAUAUAUGUGGCAUUACAAGGGACACUAUGUUACACAUUAAAGAAAAUGUUCAAUCACUUCACUCUUCUCUUAGAAGGAGAAAGGGAGAUUCAAGCAUUGAAAAAAGUGUAGCAGAAUAUAAAUUUUUCACAAAGAAGAUGAAGAAGAAUGUCACAAAGUUGAUCACAUCUUUAAAACAUAUGGAAAGUAAAUUUGGAGCUUCUUCACUUUUGAAAAAAGAUCAAGACCUUGUUGCAGUGAUUACAGUUCUUAGAGAGGUCAUUAAAUUGAACUUGUCUAUCUUUCAAUCUGUUUUGUCUUUCUUGGUUGGAUCUUCAUCAAAGUCAAAGGCAACAAAAUGGUUGAAAGUGACAAAGUUGAUGCAAAAGAGGGUAACAUGUGAGGAGAACAUGGAGAAUUUCAAUGAAUUGCAGUGUGUGGAAGCAUCUUUGAGAACCCUUACAAGUGAAGGUUCUAACGUUGCACAUGAAAGAUUUGAGGCUUUGGAGAAUGCAAUUGAAAGUAUAGAAAAUGGUUUAGAGAAUAUAUUUAGGCGUUUGGUUAAAACUAGAGUCUGUCUUUUGAACAUCAUAACUCUAUCUUAGGGAUCUGAUGAGGAUUGAAAUUUUUGCACAGUCAAUCUGUAUAUAAAUAUUAUGUAUAUAAUUCAAUAGUAAUACAAGCAAAUAGAAACAACAAAUUUUUGUUUUAUAUA